CGUUACAAUCUGAUGCGUUCAUACGAGCAUCAAUGUUCUUCUCAUGCAAACACGAGGAGAGAAACUAUUCGUCAUCAUUUUGUCUCGCGCGCCUCAGUUACACUUAGAAACACUGUAACAUCUGAAACAUUGUAACGCGUCUGGAGUUCAAUGAAGACAUAAAGCUGAGACCAUACAGUCAAAUGCUGCGAAAGAUGUUGAAAAGCCUCUUGAUCUGCCGAUUAUGACAGUCAUGGACCUUCUGUGAUACCUGGUCAGUGUUCCCAAGGAUUGACCUUGGGUGAGGACCACUGCCAUGCGUCUGUCCUGAACCAUGAAUUCUACACUGUAUAAGAUGCUCCUGCUGCAAAGAUUUUCAGAUUAAAUUAAAAUAUUACCCAUAUAAUAACACCCGAAGUCUAGUCUGGACCACUUUUCUUCAGACCAAGCGGGUACGUUGUAUUCAUUUUGACACCGGUCACUGGUUUGCAUUUGUAAACCUUAACAUGGCAAAGUGGUUCAAAGACUAUUUAAGUUUCGGAAGCAAGCGAGUUCCCCCUCAACCCCCCAAACCAGACUACACAGAGAGCGAGAUACUGAAGGCGUAUCGCGCACAGAAGAACCUGGACUUUGAGGACCCGUACGAAGACUUUGAGAACAGGGCUAGAAAUGACAACGGGUCGACUGAUUUCCUCCACACUGGCUUUGGUUCUCCUCUGAAAUCGGCGAGCUUGGAUAUCAAGGUGGUUUCGCCAAAACAUCGCCUCAUAAAGGUGGAAUCUCAAGACCUGGGACGCAGCAAGAUCCUCUUGAGUUCUGUCUCUUUUGAGGAACCGACAGAUCCGGUGGUCCCAUCAGCUCGUCUGGGAGAUAAUGACUACUCUGACCCGUUCGAUGCCCGUCUGGACCUGCGCCCCGAAACCAUCCAGGGCCCGUUCACUCCAGAAAACAACGGCUAUAUGGAGCCCUACGAGGCCCAAAAAGUGAUCACCGAGUUGCAGAAGAGAACUGGUGGAGGAUGCGGUUGGGGAAGAGGGGAGGUGCAGCUUUAUGACACCCCGUAUGAGGAGCGAGUCCCCGGACAGCCGGAUCUGCCCGAGGAGGGCAAGGAAAGUCGACUGCCGCAAGACGACGAGAGGCCGGCUGAUGAAUAUGAUCAACCCUGGGAGUGGAAAAAGGAACAUAUCUCAAAAGCGUUUGCAGAUAUGAAAGAUCUGGCCGAGCUGCCCUGGCCUCCUCCAGUUGGACAGCUGGAGGAGGAGCACGUCUUUGGCGAGCAAGUGCAAUUUGAAGGUGCCGAGUGGGAUUGUUCUUCUCCCACGGAGCGUCUGAGGUCAUCCAGGCCUUUGCCGACGACAGGCAGCAUGAAGCUCCGCAAGCCCAGUGACCCUCAUUCCAUGAUCGGGGAGAGAGUGGACCCCACCCUGCCGCUGGAGAAACAAGUGUGGUACCACGGGUCACUAUCGCGUUCGGAGGCGGAGGCUCUGCUCACCCUAUGUAAGGAGUGCAGCUAUCUCGUGCGAAACAGCGAGACGAGUCGCUCGGACUACUCUCUUUCUUUGAGGAGCUGCCAGGGUUUCAUGCACAUGAAAUUCUCACAGUACAAAGACGGCCGCUACAUUCUGGGUCAGAACAGCCCUCCGUUCGAGACCAUCCCUGAAGUGAUCCACUAUUACACCACACACAAGCUUCCCAUCAAAGGAGCCGAACACUUGUCCCUGCUCUUCCCCGUGCUUGUUCAGACGCUCUGAACGGUCAAUGCACUGCAGGUCUCGGUGCUGUGGGCGGAAAGAUAUGACUCCAUCGACGGAGGGGGAUUUCUGACUAUUUGGGAUUGGAUUUCUUUCUUUUGGAUAAACAUUCAGCAACACUUACAUGCACAUAUUGGUCCCUUGGAUUCCACAAAUAAAAUGUUAUCUGUUAAAACAUGAUCAAUGAAUUUGUUUAAGAUUUUAACACUUUUUCAUCCACCAAAAUUACCCUUAAGUCAAUGUUAUUAGACUGUCGGCAACACGACCUGUUGCUUAACUUUCAUAAUUUCCCCGUUGGGACUAUAGAUUAGCCAUCUCUAAUGUUCAUUGAUCGAUAAACAGUCUCGUAGGUCAACCAGGCACAACUCUGCCCUUUUAUAGCUGCUGUAAAAGACAUUUCAACACAACUGUUUAUGACUAUGCUCUCUUUAAAGUUUGUCAAGUCGUUCUUAUAAGACCCUUGAGACCACACUCGCAUGCGGUCUGGUCCAGUUAAUAACAUAGUUUUGACAAACCAUUUUGUUUCAUACGUGAUCUUGGUCAGUGUGGCCAGUCGUAGAUCUGUGAAUGUUGGCAAUGUUUUCCGACGGUCUUCAUAUUAUAAACUACAAGAACAGAAACUGAUAGCGGUGAAUCAAUGCGGAAAUCUGUCUCGAAAAUGUGUUUCAUAGCUGCUGUUUUAAACCAAUCCAAAUGUGUUGUAUAAUAAACUUUUCUAAAGAGUAAAUAA